AUGGCCGGCCUCCUGGCCUCAAUCCCUUCCUGCCAGUCCAACCCCACCCUUUUUUUCUCCGGCCUAUAUUCCCCUCCGUCUUCAUGCACCCUACGGGACUCAUUCUAUGAGACCCGCCCAGCUGCAUGGAGCACCGGUUGGAUUGCAAACAUGCACUCGCUUCACAGUCCAACGAACGAAUACCACCAUCAUAACCCAAACGCCUCAUUCAUCCAGAGUAACGCCCGUCCCGAUGACCGACGGUGCUCAGCUUUCCCUGACCCGGGAAACGUGCUACUGGUGAUCAAAACCGGAGCUACGGAAAUCUACGAGAAGCUGCCUACGCAGCUGCUGACGACCCUCGGCUGUUCGCGAAACUACCUCAUUUUCUCCGACCUGGAGGAGCGCAUCGGCCCCUACCACAUACAGGAUGCACUGGCCGACUACGACCCCUCGCUAAAGGAGUCGCUCCCGAACUUCAGCCUCUACUGCAAGCAGCAAGAAUACCGGCGCACGGGGCAAGAUAUCGCCACACUCAGGAAAGACGGCCGCGAGGCGUGGACCCUCGACAAGUACAAGUUCCUGCACAUGGUCGAGAUGACCUGGCGGGAGCGACCGAGCAUGGACUGGUACGUCUUCAUCGAGACGGACACCUAUCUCGUGUGGAGCAAUCUCCUGCUGUGGCUGCAGACGCUGUCAGCGGACGAGGCGCUCUACAUGGGCUCGGUGGCCUACCUCGAUAGCGAGCCCUUUGCGCAUGGCGGGAGCGGGUACGUCAUCUCUAGGAAGUUGAUGGAACGGUUCGUGGGCGCGGAUCCCGGCGUUGCCGGCCGGUAUGAUGGGGUCUUCGAGCCCGAGUGCUGCGGGGAUGUUGUCCUCGCGCGCACAAUCAAGAAGGAGACCGACGUCGGGGUGCAGAAUUUCUGGCCCCAGGUCAAUGGCGAGAAGCCGGCGACACUACCGUUCGGACCCAGUCACUGGUGCCAGCCGGUGGUGACGAUGCAUCAUGUUGAGCCCAGGGAGCGAAGUUCUAUCUUUGCCUUUGAGCAGGCACGCGAGAAUAUCUCUGAGCCCUUGUUGUUUCGCCAGUUGUCGGAACUCGCGUUUCCGUCGCAUGCAAUGCCGGAGGAGGAAGAGGACUGGGAUAAUUUUUCCAACGUACCUCUUGUUUACCUUGAUGGAGAGGUGCCCACGCUAGAGACGUGUCGGGUGGACUGUCUGAAUAGGAAUGAUUGUUUCCAGUACCGGUAUAGUAGUGGGGAGUGCCAUGUGCUGACCGGAGCAUUCCAGCGAGGAACUAAGCGUGAGGCCGAGCCUGGUAGGCGAUGGAUUUCGGGGUGGAAUGUCAAGAAAAUUCAAAGCUGGCGUGAGAGUCAGAUUUGCGUCGAACCGGAGUGGGUGAAGGGACAUUAGUGCCUUCGGUCAUUGGCGUCAGGGUCUGCUGGCGGACAGGCGGUUAGGUUGAGGUGCAUUGAAUAACCAGAUAUUCCGACUGAGAGAUGCUCACUACAGCGGCUUUUUGCGGAGAACGUUUGCCUUUCGAUGUACGGUACACAUUUAGC